GGUUCUGCUGAGGUAGAGGAGCGGUGGCGCCGAGCUGAACGUCAUGAAAAGCGGCGAGUUAAAGGCCUCCUGAGUGACGCUCUCAGCCCUCUCCUGGUCCCUCCCCGUCCCUGCGAUCGGGCCGGGGCCCCACCAUGUCGGAUACCCGGCGGCGGGUGAAGGUCUACACGCUCAACGAAGAGCGGCAAUGGGACGACAGGGGCACCGGGCACGUCUCGUCCACCUACGUGGAGCGGCUCAAAGGGAUGUCGCUGCUCGUCCGAGCCGAGUCGGACGGUUCACUCUUGUUGGAAUCGAAGAUAAAUCCAAACACUGCAUAUCAAAAACAACAGGACACUUUGAUUGUUUGGUCAGAAGCAGAGAAUUAUGAUUUAGCUCUGAGUUUUCAAGAAAAAGCUGGCUGUGAUGAGAUCUGGGAAAAAAUUUGCCAGGUUCAAGGUAAAGACCCUUCUGUGGAAGUUACACAGGAUCUCAUUGAUGAAUCAGAAGAAGAACGUUUUGAGGAAAUGCCUGAAACUAGUCAUUUGAUUGAUCUCCCUACUUGUGAACUCAACAAACUCGAAGAAAUAGCAGACCUAGUUACCUCAGUUCUCUCAUCACCCAUACGUAGAGAAAAAUUAGCCUUGGCCCUGGAGAAUGAAGGCUACGUUAAAAAAUUAUUACAGCUUUUCCAGCUUUGUGAGAACCUAGAAAAUACUGAAGGCUUACAUCAUUUGUAUGAAAUUAUUCGAGGAAUUUUGUUCCUCAAUAAAGCAACUCUUUUUGAGGUGAUGUUCUCAGAUGAGUGCAUUAUGGAUGUUGUGGGAUGCCUUGAGUAUGACCCUGCAUUAGCUCAACCAAAAAGGCACAGGGAAUUUUUGACCAAAACAGCAAAGUUUAAAGAGGUCAUACCCAUAACAGACUCUGAACUUAGACAAAAGAUUCAUCAGACUUACAGGGUACAGUACAUUCAGGACAUCAUCUUGCCAACGCCAUCUGUUUUUGAAGAGAAUUUUCUUUCUACCCUUACAUCAUUCAUUUUCUUUAACAAAGUCGAAAUUGUCAGUAUGCUGCAGGAAGAUGAAAAGUUUUUGUCUGAAGUUUUUGCACAGCUAACUGAUGAAGCUACUGAUGAUGACAAAAGGCGUGAACUGGUUAAUUUCUUCAAGGAGUUCUGUGCAUUUUCUCAGACAUUACAGCCUCAAAACAGAGACACCUUUUUCAAAACUUUGGCAAAAUUAGGAAUUCUUCCCGCACUUGAAAUAGUAAUGGGUAUGGAUGAUUUACAAGUUAGAUCUGCUGCUACAGACAUAUUUUCUUAUCUGGUAGAAUUCAGUCCAUCUAUGGUCCGGGAAUUUGUAAUGCAAGAAGCACAGCAGAGUGAUGAUGAUAUUCUCCUCAUAAAUGUAGUCAUUGAGCAAAUGAUUUGUGACACUGACCCUGAGCUUGGGGGUGCUGUUCAGUUAAUGGGGCUCUUGCGUACUCUGAUUGAUCCUGAGAACAUGUUGGCCACAGCUAAUGUAAGAAAAUGGAAAGGGAAAACUGAGAAAAGUGAAUUUUUAAAUUUUUUCUACAAUCAUUGUAUGCAUGUGCUCACUGCUCCACUUCUGGCAAAUACAUCAGAAGAUAAAAGUGACAAAGAUGCUGUAGCUGGAAACAAGAGUAAUACUAUUUGCCCAGACAACUAUCAGACAGCACAGCUGCUUGCUUUAAUUUUGGAGCUGCUUACUUUUUGUGUGGAACAUCACACUUACCACAUCAAAAACUAUAUUAUGAACAAGGACUUGCUAAGAAGAGUUUUAGUCUUGAUGAAUUCAAAACACACCUUUUUGGCACUGUGUGCUCUUCGUUUCAUGAGGAGGAUAAUUGGCCUAAAAGAUGAAUUUUAUAACCGUUAUAUUACCAAAGGAAACUUAUUUGAACCAGUCAUAAAUGCUCUUCUGGAUAACGGAACUAGGUAUAAUCUCUUGAAUUCAGCAGUCAUUGAACUUUUUGAAUUUAUCAGAGUGGAAGAUAUCAAAUCACUUACUGCCCAUAUCGUUGAAAACUUUUAUAAGGCACUUGAAUCUAUUGAAUAUGUUCAAACAUUCAAAGGCUUGAAGACAAAAUAUGAGCAAGAGAAAGACAGACAAAGCCAGAAACUGAACAGUGUUCCCUCUAUACUGCGUAGCAAUAGGUUUCGUAGAGAUGCCAGAACUUUGGAGGAAGAUGAAGAAAUGUGGUUCAAUGAAGAUGAGGAGGAAGAAGGUGAAGCUAUUGUACCACCUGUAGAGAAAUCCAAGUCUGAGGAUGAUUUUCCAGAAAGUUAUGAAAAGUUUAUGGAAACAAAAAAAGCAAAAGAAAGUGAAGACAAAGAAAAUCUCCCCAAAAGGACUUCAACAGGUGGCUUCAAAUUUACAUUUUCCCAUUCUGCCAGUGCAACUAAUGGAGCAAAUAGUACAAACAGUAAAUCUGUUGCAGCUCAGACAUCACCAGCAAGUUCAAAUGGUUCUUCUUCCAAGAAUGCCAAUUUGACUGCAGCAGUCACAUCCACAAAGGGAAGCUUAGUUGGCCUGGUGGAUUAUCCAGAUGAUGAAGAAGAAGAUGAAGAAGAAGAAACAUCCCCAAGAAAAAGACCUCGUCUUGGCUCUUAAAAACGUUGAAACAAACUCUGACUGAGGGUGCUUAAAUGCUAUGACUGAACUAAAUAGUCUGACUCGGAAAGCGUUCUCCCUGGAAAAUACAUGAGAAUACAAGGAGUAGCAAAAGAAAAUCUACUAGGAAGGUUAUGUUCUGAGAACACCAGGCUUCCAAAGAACCUAAUCUCUUUCUAGUCAAGGAGUCUGCCAUUCAGACUGUUAAAACAUUAAAAUGAAACAAUGGAUUAGUAAUCACCUGGAAUGACAGCUUGCCAGAAAAAAAAAGUCAUCUUGGGUUCUGUGAGGGGAUGGGAGAAGUAACAUUUUGAUAUUGCAGGGUUUCCCCAGUUUGUAUCAAGCUAGAAGAAACUUGUAAGGCUUCAGUUGCAAACCUAGUAAUAUAACUUUGUAAUGGUGCUGUCCAUUGUGUUUUUUUAGCAAUUGCCUCUUUUAAAUAAUGAAUUCUCUUUCCAUUUAAAAAAAAAUCAGAAAUUGGGGACCACUGUUUGCACAGUCAGCCAAAUUAUAGUGGGUUGCACCCUGCUACAUAGUUCAUGUUGAGUGGCAAACUGUUUAUUUUUUUCCCAACUCCAUUAUUUUGAAAGGAAAAAAAGAACCUGACUAGAAGAAGCUAUCCAAAAAAACCAAUAUAUAGAUCAUCAGCUUUCCAGGAAAAAAAAAACCCUCUAAAAACCAUCAAUAAACCUUGGUACUUGAAAUGACAAUUGAGUUGCAAUUACUAGUAGCAUUUUACAGAAAUAAAGUUGAAUGGAAUUGCUCCCUGCUAAUUUCCAAAAAAGUUUUCCUUGAGCCAUCUGCAUUUCACAUUAGCUAAAGCAGGAGGUACUGUGAAAUGUUACCAGAAACUUUUGAAUUUUACUGCAUCAAGGAUAUAUGUGAUCUGGGGGGCAGAGUUAAUAUGCAGCACUAUAAACCUAGGGGGUUUAGCAUAAAGGCUGCUUCUUAACACAUUCCAUGUAUUUAAGCAAAUUUCUAAAGUACAUUAGGUGAAUUGAUGAAGGCAACCAUUUUUGAGACCUUUUUACUUUCAGAGCAACUGAACUGUAAAUAUUUUAAUGUUAGUUUGGCCAUAUAUGAUCUGAGAUCAUGCACA